UUGGCCUCGGCAGUAAAGCAAGGAAAGGUAUUGGACCAUCUGGGGAAAGAGCUUCGAUCGGUGUGCAGACUGGCUGGCUGGAGAGGAGCACAGUACUACUCCUACUGCCUACUAGCUUUCUGCCUUGGCUUGGCCUUCAUCUUCAUUGUGUGGUGUAAAGGAAGGAAGAUCUCCUCCUCUUGCCUCCCCUCACCUCUCAUCGUUGCCCAGGGCUGCAAGGAGGAUGCACUCAAACUCUCUCCAUCUCCAUCCAUCCUCGCAGCAACCUCACCCGAGUCGAGAGGUUUGCUCCUUCAUCCUCCCCAGGUCUCUCACUAGUUCUUGUUCUGCUUUUUUCCUCUUUCUUUCUUGUGCCCAGGGGUGGCUGCCACUAGUAUCUGUGCUACUCUACUUCGAAAUCAAGAGCUGGCUUUGAUUGAUGUGGUUUUUGUUGCCCUGCUGACCCAACAAGAGAAGAAGAUGGAUCACGGCGGCAAGAAGGCGAGGUUCACCGACACUGACAGCGACAUCCUGCAAGUCAAGCAAGAAGCCUCGGCGGGGAGAGAAACCAGCGGAGCGACAGCGAUGGUAGUGGCCGCGGCCGGCGACGCCGCCCCGAUACCCAAGGUGGCCGUCGAGAUCGACAAGCCCCUUCUUGACUGCCCCCUCUGCUUCUCACCCUUGAAACCUCUCGUGUACCAGUGCGGGGCUAAGCACGCGGCGUGCGGCAGCUGCGCCGCCGGUCACUCCAACAACUGUCAGCUGUGCGUCCACGGCGGCGUGUACGAGCACACGGCGCCAGGGGUCUUCUUGGGUAUUCGGUUGAAUACCCAAGAUUUUGACAAACCAUUGAAAUUUUAUAUAAAACAAACGAUUUUUUUUGCAAAACAGUGAUGAUUUGGGCAAAAUGAAUACCCUCCUCCAAAAUGAAUACCCACCUUCUAGAACCUGGCGCCGCCACUAGCACAUCCACUGGCUGGACCCGUAUGUCCUGGCGAUGAAGGUGCCGUGCCCCUACGCGGCGUACGGCUGCCGGACCCGGGUGGCCUACUGCCUGGCCGCCGACCACCAGCUGGAGUGCCCGCACGCGCCAUGCCGCUGCCCCGAGCCGGACUGCUUAUUCCUCGGCUCCCCGCCGGCGCUCUCCGACCACCUUGCCUUGCACCACCACUGGCUCGUCACCACCAUCACGUUCGGCAAGGCGCACCCGCUGGAGAUGCAGGCGACGGAGCGGCGCCGCCUUCUGGCUGCGGAGGACCCGGACGAGGGGGAGCACCUGUUCCUCCUCGUCGCCAGCGAGCGCGCCGGGGGAGAGCGGGCCGUCAAGGUGGUGUGCGUCCGGGGGAGCACGGGGGCGGGUCCAUGGAUGAACUGGUGCAAGCUGUGGACGAUCCCGCCCAUGGAUCCGGAGAACGGCGGCAGGAGUCCGGUGUUGAUAAUGGAGGACUGGGCGAGGAGCUGCGCGGUCAUCUCCGAGGAGGCGGCCGUGGAGCUGGGUGGCAGGUACUUGACCGUGCCGCCCAUGGACAUGCAGCCCGGAGGAAGCGUUCGUCUCCGCGUCCGCAUCGACAAGUACUGCCGACAACCCGACGGACUAAUCCAAUCCCGCCAUUCCAAAUUACAUUGUUGAUAAUGGUUUAAUUACAUUGUUGAUAAUGGUUUAAGUAACUACUCCCUCCGUUUCAAAUUACUCGUCGCAGAAAUGGAUGUAUCUACGUAUAGAUACAUCCAUACCUGCGACAGGUAAUUCGGAACGGAGGGAGUAGCAACCAACUACUCCAUGGUACUAUAUGUGGCUCAUCAGUCUUGACGAUGGUGAUGAAGUGUUUUGAUGCAUGUUUGGAUGUAAUGCAUGUAGAUGCAAUGAUGAAUCAUCUCCCGGAUGCAAGUGUGUAAGAUAAUAGACUACUCCAUGUUUUUCAUACUACGCCCUUCAAAUACGCUCUUAUAUUGUGCGACGACGAAGGGAGUAUCUUCCGACUAGUUUCAAAAUCAAAUAAAAUCAGAAGUGCAGGUUAUUGAAACUGAUUAAGGCUCAUGCAAGCCAAACACAAUCAACCUCACAUGAAAAUCCAAAAGAGCCGUGGAAAUUGCUAAGCUACAUAGAGCCUGAAAUUUGAAAAUGGUUACCAAAAACCCAACCUUGAUCCUUGCAUAAUGGUAUCCUUAUCUUGCUGAGGACCUCUAGGGCCAGACUCGCGCCUCCUGACGCUCGCCCAAUCAACCACACAACAUGUUGAGUGAACCAGUUGGCAAGAAUAGACAUGGCUGUUUUCGAAUAUCAUAGUAUGUGCUCCCGGAACCGGAUCCUCUAACAUUGAGAAGGAAUGUCACCGUGCUACAGUGUUAGGCUAGUGUAAAAUGAAGAAGGAAAGUUAGGGACUGUUAGUAGAUAAUUAAUAGGUUGUUUAGUGUUGGUAUUUACUGUAGAUAUAAAUAAUUUAAAUUUAAAUUUAUUUCACCAUCAAUUUGUUUGCAUAUAAUUACUAUAAAUGUAUACGGUAGAUAAUCAAAUUGCAAAUUAAUUUAAAUCAUUUUAGACAUAAUCAUAUGAAUAGAAAGAAGGAAAGUUAGAGUAUUAUACCUUCUCUAACAUUCCUUCUUAAUAUUAGAGGAUCUGGUUCCUGUGCUCCCUUGGUUCCAAAGUCUGAAGGUAUAGAUAUAGUUGUUUUCUUUUGUAAUAAAGUUCAGACAGCAGUAAUGCAUUGUAGUACCUCCCAACACUUGUUUCAGAUCUUCAAAGAUGGCAUGUCGAAUAUUCUUUUUUCUCGGGUCAAGUUUAUUCGUCGGCAGUCUAAUGUUUUAGCUCAUAAUUUAGCUAAAUCGUGUUUGAGCUGUAAUGGUCUUUGUGUUUUCACUUCUACUUCGGAAUGUAUCCGAGAGACUCUUUGUAAUUAUGUUGCUUGAUUAAUAAAGUGCCGACGUUUUCUCAAAAAAAAAAAACACUUGUUUCAGAUCUUCCUCAUGCUCAGCUCGAUGUCAUUUGAUGAUGAGCAUGCUCUCAAUACUUGUCAAAGUCCUAGACCGCUGGAAGGUUCACGGCGUAGGGUGCUCCUCCCCCCCACCCCCACAAUAUUAGGUUCAUGUCAAAUUUGAAGACUUAGUCCAUCCAUAUGUUUUCUAUAAAGUUUCAUUUUUUUCAAAAAGAAAAAUAAUCUUAUUGCGAUGUUAUCAACUUGGUAUAUAUUCCAUUUCUAAGCCUAAUUUGUUACAUGGAUCCGAUCAUCUACUUCAAUCAUUUUUGACACACUUAAUGUACAUUAAGGGAAUUUGCCAAACUAAUAAAUUUGCUGU